AUGAACUCGGAUUUAAAGGAAUCUUUCACAAUGACUGUCCGAGGACAAAGGAGCAAAUGCUGGAUGGUUUUGUGGUUCUCUUUGCUGGUUUGCUUAGAUGUGUUAGCUUAUGCUCAGAUUAAAUAUUCUAUUCCAGAGGAGCGAAAAGAAGGAUACGUUGUGGGAAAUAUUGCUAAGGACUUAGGACUUGAUGUCAGUGCUCUAGCGAGUAGAGGAUUUCGAAUUGUUUCUGGAUCUAAGGACGCUCUGUUCGAGGUAAAUCAGAACAAUGGCGUCUUAUAUGUGCAUAAGAGAAUCGACAGAGAGGAAAUAUGCGAUGGAAGUACGACUUGUCUCAUAAAUCUUAAAGUAGCUAUCGAUGAUCCUCUAGACGUCCACUAUGUAGGGAUAGAAAUCACGGAUAUAAAUGAUAAUUCACCGAAUUUUCCAGAGAAAGAGAAAAGACUUGAGAUAGCAGAAAAUAGGCUUACAGGAACCCGUUUCCAGCUGCAGGCUGCGCGGGAUCCUGAUGUAGGUAUAAACUCGGUCAGGUCAUAUAAGAUAAGUCAAAACGAGAAUUUUGAUUUACAAGUCAGAGAAAGGGGAGAAGAACAAAUUCCAUAUCUGGUUUUACAAAAACAACUUGACCGAGAGAAAAAAGGGGAGCAUAGUGUAAUUCUCACUGCAACUGAUGGAGGGACUCCGCCAAAAUCAGCGACUCUUAAUGUUACAGUAAUAGUUCUUGAUUCAAAUGAUAACCCUCCUGUUUUCAGUCAAGAAACGUACUCCGUAGCUCUCCCAGAAAACAUCCAACCCGGUGUCCUUAUUUUGAAGAUCUCUUCAACAGAUUUAGACGAAGGUUCUAACGGCAAUAUAACGUAUUCGUUUGGAAGUGAAGUGAACGCAGAGGUUCGCGAUAUAUUCACUUUGGACAGCACAACGGGAGAAAUUCGAACAAAAGGCUUUCUUGAUUUUGAGGACACUGAUAUCUACAAACUGGAUGUACAAGCAACUGAUAAAGGUCAACCACCAUUAACAAGUGAAAGUGGGGUAAUCAUAAAAAUAUUGGACGUUAAUGACAAUACCCCAGAAAUAGAGAUAACAUCACUCUCUAACGUGAUUUCUGAAGAUGCACAACCUGGUACUGUCAUCUCUUUGAUUAGUGUUACAGAUAAGGAUUCAGGAGUAAACGGAAAUGUUGUGUGUCACGUUAACGACAAUGUGCCCUUUGUGUUAAAACCGUCAGUGCAAUAUAAUAUGUAUUCUUUAGUGACGAAAAGUUCUUUGGACAGAGAGUUAGUCUCACAAUAUGAGAUAACGAUUAGCGCGACAGACCUGGGUCAGCCUUCACUUUCCUCGUUAAAAUCGUUUAGCAUCAAAGUGUCGGAUGUCAACGACAACAGACCAGAGUUUUUAUUUAACCCCCUAGACGUGUAUCUUUUCGAAAAUAACUUGCCUGGAGCAUCCAUAUUUUCUGUCUUGGCGCUUGACAAAGACAUAAAUGAAAAUUCUGCAAUAUCAUACCAAAUUACUAGAGGAAUAGAGACCCGAAAUGCAAUGGCAUCAUUCCUAAAUAUUAAUUCUGAAACAGGAGUUAUUCAUGCGCUCAAAAGUUUUGAUUUUGAAACAAUCAAGACGUUCCAAUUUCACGUGCUCGCUACAGAUUCUGGAACUCCGUCACUAAGCAGCAACGUCACAGUGAACGUGUUCAUUCUGGAUCAGAACGACAACGUUCCAGUGAUCUUAUAUCCAGUCAGCGCUAACGGUUCUGCUGAAGGUGUGGAGGAGAUUCCCCGCAAUGUCAACGCAGGACAUUUAGUGACUAAAGUGAGAGCCUAUGACGCGGAUAUAGGAUACAACGGCUGGUUAUUAUUUUCACUGCAGGAAGUGAGUGACCACAGUCUCUUUGCUUUGGACCGCUAUACAGGACAGAUAAGGACCCUUCGUUCAUUCACAGAAACAGAUGAGGCUGAACAUAAACUGGUCAUACUGGUCAAAGACAAUGGAAACGUUUCACUUUCAGCUACAGCAACUGUGAUUAUUAAACUUGUGGAGCCAAAAGAGGCUUUUGCUGCGUCUGACGUUAAAAACGCAGUAAAAGAAGAGAAAGAAAAUAACGUUACAUUUUAUUUGAUUAUUACACUGGGCUCGGUUUCAUUUCUGUUUAUUAUCAGUAUCAUCGUGCUGAUUGUAAUGCAGUGCUCCAAAUCUACAGAUUAUUCCUCCAAGUACUUACAAGAUACAAAUUACGACGGGACACUUUGUCACAGCAUCCAGUACAGAUCCGGAGAUAAACGCUACAUGUUAGUUGGACCCAGAAUGAGUAUCGGUUCUACUAUAGUUCCAGGUAGUAAUGGAAAUACUCUAGUGGUACCAGAUCGCAGAAGAAGAACUUCUGGUGAGGUAAGAAUCGCAUAG